ACCGUUCUUUGCAAACCACUACAGCGUAGUGAGCGGCCCAGAUCAGCCGAAGUCAGCCGGCAAGCUCCACGGGAAACCCUAGCUACUCCCCGCCGGCCGCCGCCGCCGCGUCUCCCGUCCACGCUCCACCCGCGGGAGCUCGCCUCCUCCUCCACCCUCUACCUCUCGAGGCCACUCCGGACGGCCAUGGCGCAGAGGACCGCGGGCGGCCUUCUCCGACGGUCCCUCGGGCUCGCGCCGCCGACAACCCCGAGGGCCCUGAGCACCAGCGCCACCACGCCGGCGGAGGGAGAGGCGGCGACCAAGGCGAGGAGGAACAAGAAGAAGAACCUGUUCGACGUGGCGCAGUUCCUGCCGGACUGGGGCGUCGGCUACAGGGUCGCCAAGACCACCUGGCGCGACGUCUCCUACCAGAUCACCAAGAUCAACCUCUACAAGGAUGGCCGCCACGGGAAGGCGUGGGGGAUUCGGCACAAGGCCGGCGUGCAAGCAGCUGACGCUCCGAUAAGAAUCAGUGGGGUUAACAAACGUGGUUGGAAGUACAUAAAGGCGUCGUUACAAGAUAUCCCUGGAGCAGAGCCGCCAGCCGGCACCUCUGCUUAGUCAGUUGCCCGGCUAGAUAUUUAGCAGGUUACAAAACUAGUCCCUGUAGAAGCUUAGUGCUGAAACUAUUCAGAAGGUUGGCUGAUCUGCCAUCUCCACCAUUUCAUAAUUCUCUGUCUCUGCAAGGGGUUAAACAUAGGUGAAAGGGUUUUGGCGCGAGCGUGAGGCCAGGUUGUUGUGACCUCCACGCUUUGUUGUUGAAGCUGAAGAUGGUGUAGUGUCGAUUUUUUUUUGUUUAGUACUUUAUUUUUGCAAUUCCUCAUUUCCAUCAGAAGUAAGUGCUUCCCAAGCGAUGUCAACCAUGAGGAGACUCUCGUCAUGGACGUCGAGGAGGACAUGGCGUCCCUGCAAUGCUGCAGCUCGCUUGGAGUCGAGUGACAAGUAGGCUGAUUAGAUUCAGAUUAUGAUCAUCAUUGUCUCGACAUUUCUUUUUAGGUGGCGUGGAUCCCCUGUAAUAAAAGUUUCCUAUUGCUUUGUCA